AUGGGGACUAGUCCCCGCAUUGCCUCGGUGGCUUCGCGCGCCAUCUGGGGAGAUUUUGAGAGCGAGGGCGAGACGAAUGUAGAACCUACUUCGGAACCAGUUGUGCAAAAGUCAAACCUAGAGUUGGAUGAGUCAAGUAACCUAGGAAAUAAUGGGACAUUACAUGGAUUAUCGUCUAACGAGUUGAACGAAGAUGCUUCUCAGAUUAGAAGUGCAGCCAAGUCUGAUAUUGUAAGAACUGAAGGCUGUCACAAUCCUGUGUCAGAUCUCUCAAAUGCUACUAGUGCCAAAGUAUCAACAGAACCAGUGAACAGUUUUGGUCUGAUAACUACCGAUGCACUUUCUCUUAGUGCCAUCUCUAAUUCUUCAUCACAAAAUGACCCACAGUACUCAUGCGAACACGAACUUUCAUCUGUCAAGAGCCCUCCCACCCCCUCGGAACUUCAUGAAGUAGGUCUUUGUGAAGACAAAGAAAGCAUAAAUGGAUUGAAAUCAGAUAAGCUCGUUACGAAGCAAGAAACUGUAGCUGCAAUUGAAAACAAAAUUUCCGAGAAGAUUGAAAAUCAUACAGAGAAGCUUGUCAAUCAAACUAAUCUUGAAGAAACAACUCAGGAGAAAACUAAGGAUGAAAAAUUUUCAAAAGAUCUCCCAGCUGAUGAGAAUUCUACGACGAAAACCAAUCCUUCGAGGGAUGAUGUAACAGAAAAGAACCACAUCGAGGCCGCAUCAAAAAAUGAUAAGAUUUCACAAGAUGCCAUAGAAAGUCGUAGCAAUGUGAAUAAUCUUGAAAAUAUGGAAAUAUCAAUAGAAGAUAGUCCUGUCAAAAAUAGAAUUGUCAGAGAUAAUUACUCAGCAGAAAACUUAUCAGGUGACAAUAACGUUAGUCAAGCUCCUAGUGAGAAGAAUUCAGUGGAAACAACGAAUACAGACAAGGAAGAGCUUAGUGUAACUACACCCAAAAAUAAUUAUAACAUAAAAAAUGAAUUGACUACUGAAAAGUCUGUAAUAAAUACAACUAUGGAAGAUAGAAAAGACAAGCAAAAACCUUAUCGUGAAGACGCAUUCGAAGGAUUAAGCGUCGUAAAGGAUGUCCACAUGAAAGAGAAAACAGCAAAGAGUAAUGUAAUCGCAGAUUCUACUCUGGAAGACGCUUCACAAAUAAUAUCAAUCAAGGGAACUUUGUUCAAAGACCCCUUUGCCGCAAAUAACCGAAGCAGUCCUGGAGACUUUGCUGAAAAUCAACAUCCGGUAGGCGACGAUUCUCGUGACCAUAUACCCAAGAUCGAAGAUGCAAGGACGGAAAACAUCUCAAAAAAUGCAACUAGUGAGGUCGUUACUCAAUUUAGCUCUGCUGAACAACUUCAGACCGUGGAGGCAGAUCUUAAUAGUGAAUGUAAGAGAUUAGAAGAAUCUUUAACAAGUGAUUCGAUGUCGGAAUUAAAGUCAGCAGACGAGAAUACUCUUCCUCCGAGCAAUUUCAGCAGCGCACCACAAACCCUGAAUGAUGAAAAAGUCAGGGGCGAAGAAAGUUCAGAGAGGAAUAGUGGUAAGGCUGAUCGUAGUAAUUUUGAAGCCGCAUCCCCUCGAACUAACACGGGGAAUAAUCCCAAGAGAACGGACUCGAAGGGGGCUGAUAGUAUGUUUUAUCUUGAUACACACUUCUUCAUUCGUAUUAUGGCGCGAUGCGCUAAUCUGAGACCAUCAGGCAUGACAAGACAAAAGGGCAACCCUCAGCAGACCUCCACAAAGGCUCUAGAUCUCUCUGAGACGACUCCACCUAGAGGAAAACAUCGUACCUCCCGUAGUGGAUCGAGUACACCAGACAAAUGGAAAAGGAGCCUGAGGGAGAAGAUAAAAGACAAGAUUGGUGAUAGACUACAUAAAUAUAAAGAGUAA